CUCUAUCUCUCGCCGGACUGGAAGCUGACGAGAGGCCAGGGAGAAAAAGCGAGGAAGCGGCCCCUCCUCAUAACAUUCGGCUCUCUGCAAGAGGCUGUUCCAGAUUUGAGUGGCUCGUGCGGCAGCGGCCUUCCACGAACGCGAGCCGUCUUGCAGCUGAACGGGCCGCGCUCUUGUUUCCCCCUCUUUCUCGAAUGAGAUCCUUGGCCCUAUCACGAGAUGAACCACCCCCUUUCUCUUCCCUCUUCCACCAUCUCCUCUGAAGUCCAGCAUCUCCUGACGGUGCUCACACGACAGCAUCCCUUUGGUCUUUGCUCACGCCAUGAGGACGGCCAUGUUGAAGCCAGUCCUGCUCCUCGUAGCCCUUGGCUUCAGCAGUGUUAGCCCCACCUCCUCUUCCCCCCGCGGCUCGAGCGAUGCUGCGCCGCUUCAGCACCGCCGUGCACUGCAGCGUCCAAGAAGCAAGGCACAUGCUGCGCCCAGCUUCUGCAGAAACCCUGAGCAGGACAUUGAAGCUCUCAGCAGCCCAAGGGACAUCUGCCGGAUGACGCUCUUUUCCAGCCCCUACGACAUGGCCGGCUACUUCAUCAAAGAUCUCGACUUUUACCGGCCUGCAGCACAGACGGACGACGGCGUAUCGCCAGUCGACUUUGAGCAGCUCGCACAGCGGGUUCAAGAAGGUGAACGGCUCUUUUCUGCAACAUCGCACGAGCCCAUGCUCAAGGUCCAGCAUGCCAGCGACGGCUCGCAGCAUCUCGUCAGCCGUCAGCUGCCCGCCCAGACGGCAGACGGUCCAAUGGACUAUACGAAGCUGGUGAACCCCUUCAUUGGAACUGGAGCGACGAGCAACCCGGGCAACGUCUUCCCCGGCGCGUCUGUGCCCUUUGGCAUGGCCAAGAUUGGCAUCGACGUCGACACGUAUGCGCCUGCUGGCUACAAUGACGACCUCCAGGCCCCCGUCCGUGGCAUGAGCAUCCUUCACGACACGGGAACUGGGUCCAGCUCGGGCAGUUUUGGCAACUUCGAGACAAUGCCUGUCAUCUGCACCGACGACGACUACCAGCUCUGUCCCACGACGCUCGACAACCGUAAGCGCAUGCGAGCCAAGGGCAAAGACGUUGCCAUGCCCGGCUACUUUUCCACGACGCUCAACAACAGCAUCAAGAUGGAGGCCACCUCGACAAGGAGGGCCGGCCUCAUCCGUUACACUUUUCCCCAGUCGGCUCUCGACAAGCAGCAGGCAAAGAGCCCACACCUCGUCAUGGACUGGACCAACGACCUUCCAGGCACCUUUAAGGGUGGCCACAUGCGCCUGAACCCGCUCGAAGGACGCGUCAUCUUCAAUGGCACCUACGGCAGCAGCUUCGCCAGCGGACUCUUCCAGUACAAUGCCUACGCCUGCUACGACCUUCAUGCAGGCGGGCGCCAGGCCUUGGGCAAAUUUGGAGUAUGGGCAGGAGACAGAUUUGGAGAGGACACCAAGCUUGAAGGCGAGGUCACCUCUGAUCUUGUCCGCAACACGAUUGGUGGCCAACCAGUCCAAGCGGGCGCUCUCGUCUCGUGGAAAAAGACGAUGAAUGCAGGCAGUGACAAGCAGGUUCUUAUCCGCGUCGGUGUGUCGUACGUAUCGCCGGAACAGGCAUGCGCCAAUGCCGAGGAAGAGAUCCCCGAGUUCGACUUUACUAAGGUUGUCAAACAGUCCCAGGCACUCUGGAACGAGAAACUCAAUCGCAUCCAGAUCGCCAAUGACACCGAUCCCAAGAUUGCCCAGCUCUUCUACACGAGUCUCUACCGCGGCUUUCUGAGUCCCAACAACGCCACCUUGGAGGGCCAAGCCCAAUUCCUCAACACCCCUUCGCCCUACUUUGACGGUCUUUACUGCACCUGGGACACCUUCAGGACCUUCUUCCCUUUCCUUUCGCUCACGAGCCCGCACGACUAUGCCGAGAUCGUCGAGACUUACAUCGACGGCUGGCGCAAGCUGGGCGCGAUCCCUGAAUGCCGCGCAAACAACGUGCCGGGCCUGACGCAGGGCGGCAGCGACGGUACGAAUGUCCUGGCCGACUUUGCGGUCAAGUAUGCCAAGGCCGGUCUUCCAGUCGACAUCGAGGAACUGUAUACUGCUCUGCGCAGCGAUGCCUACACCAAUGCCAAGGAGUGGAACAACGGCGGCCGCCAGAUCGGCGCCUAUGUCAAGUACGGCUACAUCCCUUUCGCCGUCUAUGACCGUGAGACGACGGGCCGGCAGACGCGAGAAGGCUCGAGGACGCUCGAGUAUGUCUACAAUGACUUUGGCAUCCGUAACGUGGCCUUGAUGCUGGGCAAGCAGGACGAUGCGCAAGACUUGACAAAGAGAAGCUACUUCUACAAGAACGUCUUCGACAAGAACACAAAGAAGUUUGGCUUUAGCAACUACGUCCAGAAGCGCUACACCAAUGGAACUUUCGCCCAUGUGGACCCCACUACCUGCUCGCCUAUCGACCCGAGCAACAAGCCCUGCUCGCUCCAGCAGGAGAAUGUCUAUGGCGUGUACGAGACCUCGUCAGCAGAGUACAGCCUCUUUGUUCCACACGACUUUGCGGGCUUGAUCAGACUGCUUUCGAAUGGCGACAAGGAGGAGUUCAUCAAGCGUGUCGACAAUUUCUUCGACCGUGGACUCUAUUACUCUGGCAACGAGCCGUCGUUCCAGACGCCCAUCGUGUACACCUAUGCCAACGAGCCCACGCGCAGCGUCGACCGAGUCCGCCAGGUCGUCUUUGAGAACUUCAACACGACCAAUGCCGGCCUUCCUGGUAAUGACGACAACGGCGCCAUGGCGACGCUGCUCAACUUCCAUCUGCUGGGCCUGUAUCCCGUGCCCUCGACCCGAGAGUACAUCAUCGUUUCGCCCUUCAUCCCCUCGUACACCCUCAACAAUGCCGUGCUCGGCUCCGUCACAGUCACGGCCAGAAACUUUGACAAGACGAGCCUGAAGAAAACCAUUCCUCAGGGCGCGAGAGCUUACGUCGCACGCGUGUUCAUCAAUGGCGAGGAACAGAGCUCACGGUGCAAGAUCCUCCACGAGCAGCUCUUCCCCGGGGGCGGCAAACACACCGAUGUCGUCUUUGAGAUGUCGGCAAACAAGGCAGCUGCCAAUAGCUGUGGGCCAGGAGGCGAGAAAGACUUGCCUUCGAGCUUGAGCACGGGCGGCUUCGACCGCUUCUAGAUUUUCUGUAUCACCACCACAACCCCCACAAUCAAGCAGUCGAGAGUAACUCCUUUCCUCAAUGAGCCUAAACCCUUUCUUCAUGAACAAUUGCGCGAUCCAAUAUAAUUUUGUCA